UCCAUACACACACACACACACACACACACACACACACACACAGAGAGGGAGAGAGAGAGAUGGACGGCGCAGAGGUUGAUCACUUGACCGCUAAACUUCUGGCGCAGUGGGAAUGGAGAUCCGACACCAGACAUUUCGGAGCGCAAAGCGUCUCCACCAGACGCACAUGUUCGUCACCUGAACCCUCUGCCUCUCCAUGCUCCACCUGUUCAUCCUCCUCAUCCUCAUCCUUCCAAGAUGCUCCAGGGGAAAUGUUCUCGGAUUAUUCCUACGACGGAAGGAAAGCAGCGCAGACGAAAACCUCCAGACCCAAAAUGUCAACGAAAAGGCGCAUGAAGGCGAGCGAGAGAGAGAAGAUGCGUAUGAGGAGUUUAGCUGAAGCUUUGCAUCAGCUGCGAGAUUAUCUGCCUCCUGUUUAUAGCCGCAGAGGACAACCUCUGACCAAGAUCCAGACUCUCAAAUACACCAUCGAGUACAUAAAGGAGCUGUCGGAAAUCCUCAGCCAAGAAUGAACCGACUCCGACACCGACUCGACACCGACUCGACA